AUGAUUGCGUCCCCCCCGUCUUCCUAUCAGCGGGGCGAGGAGGUUGCGCGGUACACUGUCGCAGGCGGAGGGGACCUACCAGCUGUAGAUGCUCUGCCUCCCCUCCCUGGAUGGUUCAUAGAGAUCCUGAACGAGCGGGCUUCUUCGAAAGCAGCCGGGGCGUCAAAAAGCCGUCCAGGAGCUGGGAAAGCAGCUGCGGCAGGGGCUGGGAUUACGUGCGCGCCCGCUUCGGUGAAUCCGCCCGAUCUUGCGGAUCCAGUUCUGCAACACCAAGUCGUCGAGAUCAUGCGGGGCAUGCUCAGCAGCUACGGGGACAAUAGUUCUGUCUUUCGCAAGCCAGAACUGAGCACGAUUGCAGGUUCAGGAGCUGUGAUGUAUCACUUCGAGAACGGUCCUGGGGGCCGGGCGACUUGCCCGUACCUCAAGGCAGGAGAGCAGGCACACCGCAGCAACAAGUUCGGCCUCUUUAGGAGAGGAACGGAGAUCACGUAUGUGUGCCACAGCGAGCGGUGCAAGGGCGAGGGGCGCAGAAACAAGAAGCUCGGACGGCUUCCCUUCCCUGUCGCGGCUGCGUUUUCGGAUGCAGAACCGUUGAACAGCGAGCGGGAUCGACUGUACGAGGACCGACAGCUGUUGCCCCUUUCGUUUCUACGGGAGAACCUCUCGAUAGCAGCAGGUGAUGAAGGCGGCGCUCAGAUCAUCGAUCGCCUGCAAACCUACACCGGCCACAAGCUCGUCUACUCCAACGAGAAGUGGUACUAUUGGACAGGGUCGGUGUGGAUGGCAGACCCAGGUGGGCGGGAGGCUCAGAAGGUGUGCCGUGGAGAACUCAACAAGAUCAGCGCUGCGUACCAAAAGGAGACUGGGGCUGCCAUUGAGCAAGACGAGAGCGAGGAGGAUGAUGGCAGCGAGGAACGGACCCCGAAGAGAAAGAAGAAGAAGACAGAAAAGCUGACCAACUUUAGUUGGAACGCAAGGAUGUCCAACAUCAUGACGACCCUGAAAGGCUAUUGCCUGGAUGCGGGGUUCGAGAAGCUGCUCAACUCCAACAGAGACGCUCUUCCCUUGCUGAACGGCGUCAUCCUCCUGCCGAGUGCCGAGUUAGUACCGCACCAUCCCAAGUUCCUGUGGUCGUUCAUGUUGGGGUACAGGUGGCCUUCGACUGGGGUCCACACGCCGUUAGGUCGAAUGGGCGAGUUCCUGAGGGAGAUCAUGCACACCCCAGAAGCUCUAGCCUAUCUUCAGCGCAUUCUAGGCUACGGCAUCACGGGUCACAUCUCCAACCAGGUCAUGCUCAUCAUGAUCGGGGAGGGCGGCGCUGGAAAGAGCCUCUUGUUGACGCUCUUGAAGCGCCUAAUCGGUCCGUUCUACAAGGAUGUGUCAAAGGAUAUGCUGGUGACCUCGAAGGGGCAGCGGCCGCCCAGUAAGGGAUCCGCCAGCCCGGACGAAGCAGGACUGCAAGGGGUUCGGAUGGCUGUUUGUUUGGAGUCAGAAGAAACUGACGAGUUUGCGGAGAGCAACUUGAAACGGCUCACCGGAGAGGCAACCAUCACGAGCAGAGCGCUUUACCGCGACUACGUCACGUUUGAAACGACACAACUGCACAUUCUCUGCACCAACUACCCGCCGCGUGCAAAGAGGUGGACCAUUGCGCUGAAGCGCCGUCUGCUUACCCUGGUCUUUCCAAUGCGCUUCUUCUACCCCGAGGAGGCGGGGUACAAUCCCAGAAACCCACUUCAUGGGGUCAGAGAUGAUGGGCUCGAAAGCAUUUUGAUGGCAGAGGUCGAGAAGCUGCUGGUAUUCCUGGUGAUAGGAGCAAAGGACUGGUACCAGAACGGGAGGAGGCUACUUGACAUGCCAGAAACUAGCAAAAGGUACAUGGAGUCCUGGGAGCAGUCAAACGAUCCGUUCGCAGCUUUUCUGAAAAACGAGGGUACCAUCGACAUUAAAGCAUUUGAGACGUCGGAGUCUCUGAUGGCGGCUUACAACAAUCCGAAUAGGCUAGUUGACGGCGUCAGAUUCGAGGAUACUGGAGCUCCCCCCAUGCGCACUACUCAGGAUUUAGCCAAGAGUUGCAGAGCCCAUGGCAUGGAAGGUCCAGGAAAGCCAUCCGAAUCGAGACUUGUAGACGCAGGCCAUCAGAUCAGGGGCUAUCGAGGAUGGAGACUGAAUGAAUAA